AUGAAGAUUCAAUCUUUGCUGAACCCAUUUUGCGGUGACCACCAGGGUUACCGUAGCUCUGCAAGUCCGGCCCCCGUCACCAUGCCUCGCCCAGUGAUCACAAACACGCCCACUCCGAGGCGACAGAAAAUACCCAAGGACGCGCCAAUUUUUGCUGAAGGAGCGAAAGUAGUUGGAAUGGUCAAUUUCCCACCUUAUGAAACCGAGGAUGACGAAAGCCUCGCCUCGCACCAACGCCGAUUCCAGAUGUAUCCGAUGGGUCAGGUUGGGAAAUACCCUCGGCAUAUCCCAUACAAUAGUGAGAAGAAGGACUUCAUGGAGAAGACUGGCAGAGAAGCUUUUGAGGUAUUCCAGUACACGUUCAAGAUACCCGGGGAGGAGCGUAUGUACUCUGUACUUUGGGACUAUAAUAUCGGUCUCGUUCGUAUCACACCAUUCUUCAAGUGCUGUAAAUACCCCAAGACAACUCCAGCGAAGGUGUUAAAUAUGAACCCUGGUCUUCGAGAUAUUAGCCACAGCAUCACUGGUGGAGCACUAGCUGCGCAAGGAUACUGGAUGCCCUACAAGGCCGCUAAAGCGGUGGCCGCAACAUUCUGCUACAACAUCCGCCAUGCAUUAACGCCAGUAUUUGGCAAGGACUUUUUGUCUAUGUGCACUCCACCGAAGAGCCCCAACUUCGGCAGAUUUUUAAUUGAUCCUGCCAUCAUCCGAGAGUGUACCGCUGACACAAAGAAAUGGUUGAUAGGAGACGAUAGAUGUUUCAUCCCGACUCCAGAAAAGAACUCAUCCAUGAGCACUCUCAAGGAGGACUUCGCCUGUCCGCCACAGAGAGGCAAGAGCCCCAGAUCACACCGAACGAAACAUGCGGAUCAGGAGAGUGGAUACGGGACCGACACUGACCAAAGCGACAAGUACUUCUUUUCUCCGCAGGUGUCGCCUCGAAGCCAGGCUUGGACUUCCGUGAAUCGACCACAGUCUCCUAUCAGCCCUUCGAGAAUCGUGAAUCGAUUGCAGUCUCCUACCAGCCUUUCCAUAGCACACUUCAGUUCUUCACAGCCAUGGCUCUCCUCGGUGCCGAGGUACUUCAACGACGAUCAACUUCGAACGAAGCGAACCUUGUCGAAAGUUGAGUACAACAGUGACAGUAAUACGAACGAGGACAUCCCACCGACAGGCCCCUCUGCAGAAACUGGUAGCGAUUUCGAUUCUGAUCGUGGUGAUGGUGUCCAUACAAAGAAGGAACUAGACGCCGCUGAAAUAAUCCUCCAGCUCAAAGCUGCUGACACCACUCUUCAUCGCACCAAGCGAGCUCGCCGCGGAUCGAGGUAUUAG